AUGGGGGAAAGAGAAAGAAGUCCAGAUACGGGUCAAGAAAGAAAGGCAGGCCAACACGAUUAUUCUUUUCAUUCUUCUGAUUCUGGAACUACCCCACAGUCUUCUGGCCGAUCGUCACCGGUCAAUCUCACUUCACCAUCAAGCAUGAGGGGGGAAAGUGCCAAGAGACAAACGUCAGAUAGCCAGGUGCAUCGCUGUGCCUCUAGGAAACCAAGCCCUAAAGGCCUGCCAAAUAGAAAAGGAGUCCGAGUGGGAUUUCGCUCCCAGAGCCUCAAUAGAGAGCCACUUCGGAAAGAAACUGAUUUUGUCACAAAACGGGUUCUUUCUGCAAGACUGCUAAAAAUCAAUGAGUUGCAGAAUGAAGUAUCUGAACUCCAGGUCAAGUUAGCCGAACUGCUAAAAGAAAAUAAGUCUUUGAAAAGGCUUCAGUACAGACAGGAGAAAGCCCUGAGUAAGUUUGAAGAUGCAGAAAAUGAGAUCUCACAACUUAUACUUCGUCAUAACAAUGAGAUUACAACGCUCAAAGAACGCUUAAGAAAAUCUCAAGAGAAAGAACGGGCAACUGAGAAAAGGGUGAAGGACACGGAAGGUGAACUCUUUAAGACAAAAUUUUCCUUACAGAAACUGAAAAAGAUCUGUGAAGCAAGACACCUGCCUGAGCGAGAUGAUUUGGCAAAGAAACUAGUUUCGACAGAGUUAAAGCUAGAUGACACUGAGAGAAGAAUUAAGGAACUAUCGAAAAACCUUGAGCUGAGCACGAACAGUUUCCAACGACAGCUGCUUGCUGAAAGAAGAAAGGCGUAUGAGGCUCACGAUGAAAAUAAAGUGCUUCAGGAGGAGCUGCAGCAACUGCAUCACAAAUUAAAGGAAAAGGAGAGAGAACUGGAUAUAAAAAAUAUAUAUUCUAAUCGUCUGCCAAAAUCCUCUACAAAGAGAGAAAAAGAACUUGCAUCAAGAAAAAAUGCUGCAUGCCAGAGUGAUGUUACAAACCUGUGUACUAAGGGAGUACAAACCAUGGAAGACUUUGAACCAGGUGGCUUUUCUGUAAUACCACAAGCAGUUGUGUGCUAUGGAAACAAAUGGGAAGAACCAGAACAUCUUGCAUUGGACCAGGAAUCCCAAGAACGAGAUGAGCAUGGAGAAGCAGGUACGCUAAACCCAGUUGUGGAAAGAGAAGAAAAAUGUGUCAGCGAAGAAGGACUCCGUGUUGUGAAACAGGAGGUCGAGCAGCUGGAGGAUGAAUGGGAGAGCAAAAAGCCAAAAGAAAAGACAUUCGUACUGGAGAGAGAAGAAAAACCAGAGUUGGAAACUGGAAGGUACCAAAUGGGAAUGUAUCAAGUUCAAAAUAUUGAUACAUUGAAAGAAGAGGCAGAAGAAAGACUGAAGAGAGAAAUGCUACUUGCUAAACUGAAGGAAAUUGACAGAGAACUCCACGAUUCUCUGAAUCUCAAAUGUCCUCCUUUGCCUUUGCUGCCCGAUUUGGAAUCAAAAUUGCUCUCCCCAGAGAGAAGCCCCCAAAUGCACCUGUUCCCUGAAUGCUCGGAGACAUUAUUUAAUGGGCAUCAUUUGCAAGACAUCAGCUUCUUAACUCCAAAAGGAGCGGGCCCGAAUUCUGGAAAUGCGAGACGUCCGCCCUCUCCAAGUGAGCUUGCUUUUGGUAGCUAUGUGCCUUCGUUUGCCAAAACCUCAGAGAAGUCUAGUCCAUUUAGCCAAAAAAGUGGUUUUUUUGAUUUCCAAAGAAACAGUAUAGAAAAACUCAGUAAAGACAAUAUAGAUUUCAUUUCAAGAAAAGAGAAAAAAGCGAAUCUGAUGGAGCAGCUGUUUGGUGCCAGUGGAAGUGGUGCCAUUUCCUCCAAAACUCCUGACCCACGUUUUCUGUCCUCCAGCAGAGGAGACUUUGACCCUCUAAAUUUUCUCCCCGGGGAUAAAAGCAGUAGGAGCAGAGAACAUGAUGAAGAUGAAGACUUUUUCCUUAGUGAAGGAAGACGUUUUAGUCCAAACAGGCACCGGUUAAAACAUGCAAAUAGUAAACCGCCAGUAAAAGCAGUUGAUUCUGUAGAAGAUGAAAUUGAAGAUGUAGCACUGAGAUGACUGCCUAGAGUAUAUUUUUUUUCCAGUUGUAAAUUUUAAGAUAUUUUAAUACUGUAUUUAUUAUAA